CACAGAAUUUUCCAAAAAUAAAAACAGAAGGGAUAAAUACAAGGAAAGGGUUGAGAUAAAAGAGCGAGAGGAAAGGCUGGGUCAUAUUUCCGGCGAUAAAUUAAGGGGAAAGAGAUGGCUUCUCUGGAUGUUGCCGACGGUGUGUCAGAUUCCGGGGCUUUUCAGGCUGCUGGCGAUCCAAAUGCCGAUGUUCGGGGUAGCUUUCCUGUGGACCCCGUGGCUUCUGAGAUCUCCAUUUCAACAGAUAUAAAGGAUGCUGAAAAAGAAACGGCUAAGAACGAAGAGGAGGCAGGCCAGACCCUCAAAUCGGUGUUCAUAUUUUCAGGUGUUGUGGUCGCUUUGAUUGGAGCUAUCUUCGCCGUAUCAAAGAAGUUAAGAGAGACAUGAAACAAAUUUGGCAGCCUUUCUGAAGGUUUUGUGUUUUGCUUGUUCUUUUAGAUACAUCUCUAUAUUACAUGUUAUAUGUGGUUUAGGAUUUUGUGGAGGGAAUUGAAGAGGGGAGGGCCUUUGUAACCAGAAGAGCCAACUUUUGAAUUUUGCUGAAUUUCUGGACUUUUGACUGUGGUAUAAUAAUAAUCUAUAUAUUUAUCACUGUUGUUGGAC